GGCGCAGCGGCAGACUCCUAUAUCCGCCGCACGGAGACGGACGGUGCCAGCUGCUAUCUCCGUUAGCCUCCGUAGACUGUUAGCAACUAGCUUCGGAGCUGCUUCACUUCAUAUGAGGCACCGAGCAGGAGAGAGUGUGUGUGUGUGUGUGCGUGACAAGAGUGUGUGUCCGCUCGGCCGUCCCGAAGUCACUCUCCGCGUGUGUGUGUGAGAGUGUGUGUGCGUCCAUAUAAACCCACUUUCCUCCUGUGUGUGAGUGCGUGAGUGUGUGUGUGUGUGUGUGUGUGUGUGUGUGAGGUUAGCAAACCUGUAAACACUGACAGCAGUCGACUGUUUACACUCGGUGUCCGGUUACUUGGCGGCGGAUUGUCAUCUUUGAGUGAUACCGACAGAGCGGCAGCAUGAUGUUGCGCUACACUGUGGUCCAGGGCGGCCUCGGCCUGUUGGCUGUCAGGAGGGCAUGUGUUGUCUCCCGAUUCGCCCACUCUGCCCCGCAGAGCGAGUAUCGACCAAUCAAGAAAGUCAUGGUGGCCAACAGAGGUGAGAUUGCUAUCCGUGUGUUCAGAGCCUGCACUGAACUGGGCAUUCGAACCGUGGCUGUUUAUUCUGAGCAAGACACCGGACAGAUGCACAGGCAGAAGGCAGAUGAAGCCUAUCUGAUCGGGAAAGGCCUGCCACCUGUUGCAGCAUACCUGCACAUUCCAGACAUCAUCAAAGUUGCCAAGGACAACAAUGUGGAUGCCAUCCACCCUGGCUACGGUUUCCUCUCUGAGCGGGCAGACUUUGCUCAGGCCUGUGCAGAUGCAGGGGUCAUGUUUGUAGGACCAACCCCAGAAACAGUCCGCAAGAUGGGAGACAAAGUGGAGGCUCGUGCCCUGGCCAUCAGUGCAGGUGUACCUGUGGUUCCAGGAACAGAUUCUCCCAUCUCCAGCCUGCAGGAGGCGCAUGCCUUCGCCCAGACAUACGGUUUCCCCAUCAUCUUCAAAGCAGCAUAUGGAGGUGGUGGUCGCGGCAUGAGGGUGGUCAAGGAGUACGAGGAACUUGAGGAGAAUUACCAGCGGGCCUACUCUGAAGCCCUGACUGCUUUUGGGAAUGGAGCCCUGUUUGUUGAGAAAUUUAUCGAGAAGCCCAGACACAUUGAAGUACAGAUCCUAGGCGAUAAAUAUGGAAAUGUCAUCCACCUCUAUGAGAGAGACUGCUCCAUUCAGCGGAGACACCAAAAGGUUGUGGAGAUUGCACCGGCGUUCCAACUGGACCCUCAUCUGAGAGACCGACUUCACACUGAUGCAGUCAACCUCGCCAAACAGGUUGGAUACGAGAAUGCAGGCACGGUGGAGUUCUUGGUGGACAAACACGGCAAACACUACUUUAUUGAAGUCAACUCCCGACUCCAGGUUGAACACACGGUCACCGAAGAAAUCACUGAUGUGGACCUGGUGCAUGCACAGCUGCAUGUGUGUGAAGGCCGCAGCCUGCCAGAACUCAGCCUCAAACAAAACAAGAUCAGGGUGAACGGAUGUGCGAUCCAGUGUAGAGUGACGACCGAAGACCCAGCCAGAGGCUUCCAACCAGACACCGGAAGGAUUGAGGUCUUCAGGAGUGGAGAGGGCAUGGGUAUCCGUCUGGACAGCGCCUCUGCCUUCCAGGGUGCCGUCAUUUCACCCCACUAUGACUCACUGCUGGUGAAAGUCAUCGCCAGCGGAAAGGACCUGCCGACAGCGGCCUCCAAGAUGAGCCGAGCCCUGGCCGAGUUCAGAGUGCGAGGGGUCAAGACCAACAUUCCUUUCCUGCAGAAUGUUUUUGCCAACCACCAGUUCCUGCACUCCACUGUGGACACCCAGUUCAUCGACGAAAAUCAGGAACUCUUCAACCUCAAACCUACUCAGAAUCGAGCCCAGAAGCUGCUGCACUACCUGGGUCAUGUGAUGGUGAACGGACCAACCACACCCAUCCCAGUCAAGGCCAAACCUUCCUCUAUAGACCCUGUCAUUCCUCCAGUCACCAUGGGCGACCCUCCGGUGGGUUUCCGUGAUGUGUUGCUGCGUGAUGGUCCUGAGGGAUUCGCCAAGGCCGUCCGUGCCCAUCAGGGUCUGUUGCUAAUGGAUACCACGUUCAGGGAUGCUCACCAGUCACUCCUGGCGACCAGAGUUCGGACCCAUGACCUGAAGAAGAUCUCGCCAUUCGUCAGCCACAACUUCAGCAACCUUUUCAGCCUGGAGAACUGGGGAGGUGCUACCUUCGACGUGGCCAUGCGAUUCCUGUCAGAGUGUCCAUGGAAGAGACUCCAGGAGCUGAGAGCUUUGAUCCCAAAUGUCCCUUUCCAGAUGCUGCUGAGAGGAGCCAACGCUGUGGGCUACACUAACUACCCUGACAAUGCUGUCUUUAAGUUCUGCGAGGUGGCCAAGGAGAACGGCAUGGACAUCUUCCGCGUGUUUGACUCCCUGAACUACCUCCCUAACAUGCUGCUGGGUAUGGAGGCUGCAGGAGCAGCAGGUGGCGUAGUUGAGGCCGCCAUCUCGUACACGGGCGACGUCUCCGACCCGAUGAGGCAGAAGUACUCUCUGGAAUACUAUGUGAAACUGGCAGAUGAGCUUGUCAAAGCUGGAACCCACAUCCUGUGUAUCAAGGAUAUGGCUGGUCUGCUGAAGCCAGAGUCUAGCAAGCUUCUGAUCAGCGCUCUCAGAGACCGUUUCCCAGAUGUGCCCAUCCACGUGCACACCCACGACACAGCUGGAGCCGGUGUAGCCGCCAUGCUGGCUUGUGCUGAAGCUGGAGCUGAUGUAGUUGACGUGGCAGUUGACUCUAUGGCUGGGAUGACCUCUCAGCCCAGCAUGGGAGCCAUGGUCGCCUGUGCCAAGGGCACCAAGCUUGACACUGGCAUUGCUCUGGAGAAGGUGUUCGACUACAGUGAAUAUUGGGAAGUAGCCAGAGGCCUGUACGCUCCAUUUGACUGCACUGCCACCAUGAAAUCUGGCAACGCUGAUGUCUAUGAGAACGAGAUACCUGGAGGACAGUACACCAACCUCCACUUCCAGGCUCACAGUAUGGGACUGGGAAAUAAGUUCAAGGAGGUGAAGAAGGCAUACGCUGAAGCCAAUAAACUACUAGGAGACCUCAUUAAGGUGACUCCAUCUUCAAAGAUUGUGGGUGAUCUGGCCCAGUUCAUGGUGCAGAACAGCCUGAGCAGAGCAGAGGUGGAGGAGAGGGCAGAUGAGCUGUCGUUCCCCCUGUCUGUGGUGGAGUUUCUGCAGGGAUACAUCGGGAUACCACAUGGAGGAUUCCCUGAGCCGCUCAGAUCCAAGGUGUUGAAAGCCCUUCCCCGUAUCGAAGGUCGUCCAGGUGCCUCUCUGCCACCCAUGGACUUCAAGGCUCUGGAGGAGGGGCUCCGAGCUGCUCAUGGGGAUGACAUCACCCCUGAGGAUGUGAUGUCAGCAGCCAUGUACCCCAAGGUGUUCCAGGAGUUCAAGGACUUUACAGCUAACUUCGGCCCAGUGGACUGUCUCAGCACCAGACUGUUCCUGGAUGGACCCAAGAUUGCAGAGGAGUUUGAGGUGGAGCUGGAGAGAGGAAAGAUCCUCCACAUCAAGGCCCUGGCACUGGGUGACCUGAACAAGGCCGGGCAGAGAGAAGUCUUCUUUGAGCUGAACGGGCAGCUGAGAUCUGUGCUGGUUAAAGACACAGUCGCCAUGAAGGAAAUGAAGUUCCAUCCCAAGGCUCAGAAGUCUAUCAAAGGUCAGGUGGGAGCACCGAUGCCUGGAAAAGUCCUAGAGGUCAAAGUAGAGGUCGGAUCCAAGGUGGAGAAGGGUCAACCGCUGUGUGUCCUGUCGGCCAUGAAGAUGGAGACCGUGGUCAACUCCCCGAUGGCCGGUACCAUUAAGGCUGUACAUGUCACGGCCGACGCCUCCCUAGAGGGAGAUGACCUGAUACUGGAAAUCGAGGAGUAGAGCGAGGUAGAGGCAGUAGGCAGGAGAUAGACAAUCUGAUUCUGGAAAUGCUGAGAGGUGGAGGAACGUGGGGAAUAAAAUAAAGAGGAAAACUGGAAUCUUUUCCCUCUGUGAUAUCUGAGACCCCCAGUUUGUACAUAUUUGGUUACACUGUCAACACAUAAUGAAGCUCUAUGCAUUAAGAUCAGAUGGCAUGAAUAUCCAAAAUAAUAUAUCAAAUUGAUGGUAAUUCAUGCCUCUAUUUAAUUCUCCCAGAAGCAAGGUAGUUAUUUAAGUGUGGAGAUUAGCUUAAAAAAUGGUACCUUUACUAAUGUCCUGUCAACUUGUGGAAGGUAGCGUAGACAUUUACACAUAGCAUUUAGAAUUGUGAUACAUUCCACUGGUGCAAAGUCUUAAAUGCGAUGUACUACAAUGAGUUAACCACGUGUAACUCUAGAACAGGGUUGUAACAUCUCUUCGCAAUUAAAUGCUGCCAAUUUCACACUGUUGAUGUUGCUUAAUAUAUUCAAAGUGAGUAAGAUUAAACAUUUCAUCUUCGACUACUAAAUGUUUUCUUUGUAAUUAGCAGGAUUCAGACAAAGACGAACAGACCUGAGGAUAUAUUAAUCAGUAAUUCUUUUCAUAUGGGGACGGUGGUUUUUUUUUCUUUUUUUAAAUGAUCACCUUAGCAAGACAUUAGUCACAGUACAUUCUGGGAAUGUGUCAUCACUGUUAGACUCACUUUUUUUCCAAGGUAAAAAAAAUCAAGACAACAAAAUACACAGGGGCUAAGGGAAAUGAAUCACAGUAUUUUGCCUUAUCUGUUUUACAUGGGUGUCGUGAAAAUAUGUUCAGUCAGAGAAGCACAACAAAAGAAGUGGCACAAUUUUAGAUAAAGAAAUACAUGCCAGAAACACCUGACAUUGCACCAAAGUGAAAAAUUUAUUCUGUUACUGUAUCAGUAAUAGUAGAUGGUUUAGUUUUUUAAAGAUCUGUGCUGAUGUGUUCUAAAUCAUGUCUGUCUUUACAAUCCCCAAACAGAAGAAAACCUGUAAAUUUGGAAACACCUUCAUUAUAGUUUAACUGUGGCUCUGAAUUUAAAGGCAGCAGUAGUACAGCUCUAUCUGCUGCAUCAUUUUAAGGUGUCCAGUCAGAGUUUUAAGAUGGCUUUUGAGGCCUUUUUAGUGUCUCUGCUUUGGUGUGAUGUUAAAAAACAGUUGUCAGAGGAGCAGUUCCACCCCUGUCUUUCCAGAACCAGGCAGAGAUUAUGGUGAACGGUCUGUCUGCAUGGGGAUUUUUAAUGCUAGGUGUAAAUGGGAUUACAUGGGGCUGUAAUGGAGGUAUGUGGUGUUAUUUUCUGAGGCUCUGCUGAUGAAUUUAUGAAUUAAUUCUCUGUCAAAUGAUGUGAAAUUAGCCGGACUAAUAAGAGACUCUGGAGACUCCCAGUAGCAGCGCCCAGCUUUAUAUUUCUAAUGCGUGACUGUUUGCAUAAGUGAGUCAAGAUGUGUGUGUGUGUGUGUGUGCAAGCAAAUUUUGAGACAAACUCAACCAGUCCCCCACAACGCACCUCCUGAGAUGAAAACACAGUCUAAAAGGAAUUAAAUAUUCAUACUCACAUAUGCACUGGUGCAAAAUAUUCAUGUUAGCCCUUGAGUGCUGCCUGGAUAAAGACAAAACACCACUGCACAGUGGUGUGGCUGCAUCUCCACAGAAACAAUACAGAACAAUGUAGCAAUUAACCGCCUCAGUCUCACACCAGUGUCACCUGAAUGUUCAGCUUCUCUGACCACUAAAAGUAGACCGGAAACAAGCAGCACAUCACACAUCAGUCUCAGUUCCCCUUCAAUACCAGGCAGGAUGUUUUUGGGACAGUGAGCCAGACAAGAGACCACAACAGCUGACAUUCCCCAAAACAUCUGUGCUCCUUCAACAGAACACAUCGAUUGGGACACAAAAUUGAAGUAUCAGUUUGUACUUGACUGGAUUGUUUCCAGCAUUUUUGCUCCAUUACCUCUGAGAAUGAAUACCCUUUUGAACUAUGCAUCAAUACUGAGCGGAGAUGCCGCAGUUAAUUAGAACACUGAUGUCUCCUCACUCUCCCGGCCCAAAGCAAUGCCUCACUGUAUCUCCUGAUUUAUCAAUUUGUAUUUGAAUCUUUGGCGAGAGACGGAGAUGAAGUGGUGGGAUUGUACGAAUGAGUGUUUUUGACAAGCUGUUGCACAAUAAUGUAAAGUUCCCUCCUCCUCUCAUUGUGAGCUCUCCUCAUUUAUCUGCUUUCCCUGCCUCAUCUAUCUCACAACCUUUUCAUAAUAUGUUCCUCUCCAUCUCUUCCUUCGGUGUACUUUUGCACAUGUAAGAUGACAGCUUCGAUUCAUGCAAUAAUGUGAAAUGUAUCGCAGUGUUUCUCUGUCUCAGCCAGCAGCGAUUCUAAAAGCCAAGCUUAUGACAAUGUACAACUGUUCAGUGUCUUAAGGGGGGAAAGAAUAAAUUGCAGAAAAUGCUAUUUGUUUCAGAAAGGCGGCCAUAGAUUUGACCUAUUCUUCAGUUCAUGCUAUGUAAAGCUGAGCUGUCACAGACUAUAAAAAUAUGGCCUGUGACAUUUCUGUUUUCUCUUUGUAUGUUUUUGCGAAACCAAACUGUUUAUUUACUCCUUAAGUUCAGCUGGAAUGACUGCCUGCUGAUUCAAAAUGUCUCAGUGGAAUUUCAAAUGUUCACAAUUUGUCAAGGUUUCUUACUUUCUACAUCGACGUUUUAUUCAUUCACUUAAAAUUUUUCAAGUAGUUUACAUUUAUGUGUUGAGGUUAAAAGUAUGUCAAAGUCCUAGGAGAGACUAAGACCUGGAGUGCAAAAUAAGGGAAUCAAAUAGUAUGUAAAAGCGAUACUUGUUCUGUCUGUACUUACAAAUAAAGUCUAACUAAACCUG